CAUGGUUUUGUGUUGGACAAGCAAUGGCGUCCCCAAUGAAUGAGGCGAAGCCUGAAUACAUGAAGACGGAAAAUGAGCAGUGUGAGCCCGGAGCGGCGCCAUACGGCAACUUCAUUAACUAUUAUCGUUUCAAUCCUCCAGGGGAGCGGCUGCGACUGAUUCCGGCCGCUGAUUUGGUGGCAGUCUUCCCGGGAGGAAGAACGGUGGCGCUGGACGUGGGCUGUAACUGUGGGGAUUUCAGCAUUGCCAUGUAUAAGCACCUUUGUGAUCUGAAAGAAAACCUGAUGUGGGUUUCUCCAGGUGGAAUGGACCUGAAGCUACUUGGUUGUGACAUCGAUGCUGACCUGAUCCAAAGAGCCACUGAAUCUAAUUCCUUUCCUGAAUCCAUUUCAUACGUUACUUUGGAUGUCAUGGAUCCUGCUUCCCGAGAGGCCGUGUUAAAGCCUUACUUGGACAAAUUUGACCACACUGCUUUUGACAUUUGCUUUUGUAUGUCUGUGACAAUGUGGAUCCAUCUCAAUCACGGCGACCAGGGGUUACUUGAUUUCCUAGUGUGUGUAUCGGGACUUUGCGAGGCUUUGCUGAUCGAACCACAACCCUGGAAGUGCUACCGAGCUGCAGCCCGCAGACUGCGCAAGCUGGGCAAAAGCAAGUUUGACCACUUCAAAACCCUCUCUAUCAAAGGGGAUGUGGCUCAGAAGAUUCAGCAGUUCCUGAUAACUGAUUGCAAGAUGGAACUGGUCCGGUGUUUUGGGAGCACCAGCUGGGACAGGAAUUUACUGCUUUUUAAAAAACGUUCCUUGAGUCAUGACUAAAUAAGUCAAUUUCGAGCAGCUACCAAUUAUUCACAAGGCACUUUAUUCUGUGUUUGAAAUUAAAACCUUUUUUUAAAACUA